AUGGUGGUGCCGUUCUCAAAAAAAAAAACAUGGUGGUCGGCAUGUUAAAAGCCGGUGACUGAAACCCACGUGUUUCCUGACUGUGCAGCUUUCCUGAACCUGGAACCUUAAAAUAGCAAAAACAUCAGAAUCCAACCUAAAACAUUUUUUUACUCCACAAACACAACUUGCUUUCAUAAAUAUCUCUGUACACACAAUCCCAUGUAAAACCAACGGUUCAGAUCACAAGACCACCAUUUAAUCCAACGGCUACACCACCAUUAACCCUAUCAGAUUCGCUGUCUCUAUACGUAUAAACCAUAUAUUACAUAUAUCAUAUACAACUUUGCGUCUUGUUUGGCACAAGAGAGUGAAGAUGACGCAAUCGAGUAACAAUGGUGUGUCUGACCAGCAACAACAAACUCAGAAAAACCAGCCGGCGCCGGCGACGGUGGGCUUGGGUGUAGGACAGCAGCAAUGGGUGGCGUAUCACCCUCGUCAGCCGCGUCCUCCGGUGACGGUGGGUCAACCGGGAUCUGGUGGAGGAGAGAACAAAGCGAUAUGGGUUGGUGACCUUCACAAUUGGAUGGAUGAAGAUUACCUUCGUAACUGUUUUGCUUCCACCGGCGAGGUUGCCUCAAUUAAGGUUAUUCGAAAUAAACAAACUGGUUUCUCAGAAGGAUAUGGAUUUGUUGAGUUUUACUCACAUGAUGCAGCUGAAAAGGUGUUGCAGACUUAUGGGUCCAUUGUUAUGCCAAAUACAGAACAACCGUUUCGUUUGAACUGGGCUACAUUUAGCACGGGAGACAAACGGACAAACAACGUUUACGAUCUUUCCAUAUUUGUUGGGGAUUUAGCUGCAGAUGUAACUGACACUUUAUUGCAUGAAACUUUUGCUGAUAAAUAUUCGUCUGUUAGAGCCGCUAAAGUUGUUGUAGAUAUUAGUACUGGCCGGUCUAAAGGUUACGGUUUUGUAAGGUUUGGAGAUGAUAAAGAGAGGACUCAAGCCAUGAAUGAAAUGAAUGGGGCUUAUUGUUCGAGCAGACCUAUGCGCAUUGGUGCUGCAACCCCUAGAAAAUCAACCGCUUACCAACAAGGAGGAUACAUGUCAAAUGGUGGUUCCAAAUCUGAUGGAGAUUCAAAUAAUACAACAAUUUUUGUCGGCGGACUUGAUCCUAGCGUUAGUGAUGAAGAUCUUAGGCAGCCAUUUAUCGAAUAUGGUGAAAUUAUUUCGGUGAAAAUACCUGCGGGUAAAGGUUGCGGAUUUGUACAAUUUGCUAACAGAGCUAAUGCUGAAGAGGCACUGCAAAAACUGAACGGGACAACAAUAGGGAAGCAAACCGUGCGUCUUUCUUGGGGCCGCAACCCAGCAAAUAAGCAGAUGAGACAUGAUUUUGGGAACCAGUGGCUGGCGGCAUACUAUGGAGGAGGUCAGAUUUAUAAUGGGUAUGGGUAUGGGUAUGGGUAUGCUAUGCAACCACCAUAUGUCCCAAGCAUGUAUGGUGCAUCAUAUGGAGGUUAUGGCAUGCAUGGUGCACACCAGCAACAAGUAAACUGAAUGGGUGGUAUGAGUUCAAAGUAAUAAGACUUUUAUGGGCUACAAUGAGCAUGAAUAUGGAUAGUAUAAAUGGAGCAUAAGUUGCGCCGAAUGUGUCAAACCAUGAUCCCCUCGCUCCUAACAUGAGCGCAGACUAAAUUUUGGGUCUUGGACUCUAUUAGUGAGCUAAUGUAGAGAUUUAACGAAAACCAAUUCGUUUUUUUCUUCAUUGAUGGAUUCAACUUUUUAAAUUUUUUAUAUCAUAAUAAUCUGUGUCCAACUUGAUUAAA